AUGUUCGCCCGUCCAAUUUCCUCAUGGGGCCGGUUUUCGUCGCCCGCAACGGGCUUCAAACCGUCUCUAUGCAAUACAUCCAAAGGGCUUGACCUUGGGAGGAGGUAUUUCAGUCAUAAUCCACUUUUGAAGAAAAAUGCCGCCUCCGCGCCGUUCAAUACCCCCCAAUCACGAGAGCGAAAUGCAUCUACAAUGUAUUAUGCCGCGAGUCUCAUUCUGGGAACGGUUGCCCUCGCUUAUGGUUCUGUCCCUCUCUACAAGAUGAUCUGUCAGCAGACUGGCUGGGGUGGUCAGCCCAUCCUCACUCACCGUUCAGGAGACGGCGAUACCGCGGAUCGCGUAAAGCCUGUGACGGACUCCCGCCGUCUUCGAAUUACAUUCAAUGGCUCAGUUUCGGACGUCCUUCCCUGGAAAUUUACGCCACAGCAGCGAGAAGUUCGAGUUCUCCCCGGUGAAACGGCAUUGGCUUUCUACACUGCGACGAACAAGGGUCCUGCGGAUAUUAUCGGAGUUGCGACAUAUAGUGUCACGCCCGGGCAAGUCGCCCCAUACUUCAGCAAGAUCCAAUGCUUCUGCUUCGAAGAACAGAAGUUAAAUGCUGGAGAAUCUGUGGACAUGCCGGUGUUCUUCUUCAUCGACCCUGAUUUCGCAAAGGAUCCGACAAUGCAGGGGAUCGAUACCAUUACGCUCUCGUAUACUUUCUUCAAAGCGCGAUACGACGACAACGGCGUUCUGAAGCCUAUGGCGUAG